AUGGCUCCGGAGGCCGUCGUGGAGAUGGAGGACAUCAUACGUGUCGUCCUCCCCUGCCUCCCCGCCCCGCCCUUCCGCACCACCGGUGCCUCCCGUCGCUCCAACAGCCCCCGCGGCGGCGGCGGCGAGGACCGCAUCAGCCGCCUCCCGGACGCGGUGCUCUCCAACAUCGUGGCGCGCCUCCCCGCCAAGGACGCAGCGCGCACCACCGCGCUCUCCAAGCGCUGGCGCCGCGUCUGGGCCUCCACGCCGCUCGUCCUCGACGACUCCGACCUCCUCGUCUUCCGCGACGGCGGCGGCGGCCGCUCCGCGACCGUCAACUGGCCAGCCGUCACCGACGCCGUCUCCCGCGUCGUCGGCGGGCACAGGGGCCCCAUCCGCUUCGUGCGCCUCACCUGCUGCUUCAUGGAGCUGGCCGCGCGCCACGGCAUUCUCCAGUACUGGCUCCGGGUCCUCGUCGCGGGGGGAGUCGAGGACCUCGUCCUCGUCAACCGCCCCUUCCCCCGCUCCCUGCGCCUCCCCGUCGACGUCCUCCACAUCGCCUCCCUCCGCACCUUCUACCUCGGCUUCUGGCAAUUCCCGGACACCGCCGCCCUCCCGCGAGGCCGCGCCGCCGUGUUCCCCCGCCUCCAGGAGAUUGGACUCUGCGCUACCAUCAUCCACGCCAGGGACAUCGACCACCUGCUCGCCUGCAGCCCCGUGCUCGAGAAGUUCGCCAUCAUCGCCAGCCUCUACCACACCCGCUCUGUCCGGAUCCGCAGCUGCAGCCUCCAGUGCCUUGUCUUCUGGAAGUCCCUGGCGGAUGAGCUCGACGUGGUUUUCGCCCCGCGCCUCCAGCGCCUAAUCCUGUGGCAGGCGUGCCAAUGCAUGAUCAUCGGCUCCGUCACCUUCCGCACCAGGGUCAGGAUUGGCCACGCCACCGAGCUCAAGGUGCUCGGCUACCUGGAGCCAAGCAUCCACCAGCUCCAGAUUGGCAGCACCAUAAUUGAGAGUGGAACAAAGAUGAUCCCAUCUAGCAUGGUUCCAAGUGUCAAGAUCUUGGCCUUGAAGAUACAAUUCAGAAUCCGCAAGGAAGCUAAGAUGCUACCCACUUUCCUGAGAUGCUUUCCCAAUGUGGAGACAUUGCAUGUUCUGUCUCAUGAAGUUGAGGAGCCAGAUGGCAAGCUCAAUUCGAAGUUCUGGGAAGAGGUUGGCUCCAUCGACUGCCUAGAGACACACAUCACCAAGGUGGUGUUUGACAAAUUCAGAGGAGAGCGCUGCGAGCUCGCGUUCCUCAAGUUCAUCCUAGAGAGGGCACAGUCGCUGCUGAAGCUUGUGAUUGUAUUGGCCAAUGGAGAUCAAGCCUCAGUGGAUGAGAUGCUCGCUAAGUUGAAGUCUCUGACCAUGGCGAAACGAGCCAGCGAAUGCCCUACUCUGUUGGCAGUCGUCCGUGAGGGAGACAGCGCCUGGUACUUUCAGAGAGCAUCCGAUCUUUCUGUUAGUGACCCCUUUGAUUGGUGA